CGCCUAUCCCGGAAAAGCUCAGAGGGCGAUAUAUUUAUUUUUGAGGUGACGUGGAUUCGGUAGCGCUUCACAUUUUUUGGAGUCAUUUGAGUGUGAAACACUGAGACGAACUGUUGUUUGGCGGACCGUUAAUGACAUACUGUUCACUAACAGGCGCAGAUAUGAUAUUGCACAUGUGCGCUCGGUAUUGACUAAUUAAUUAAAGAAAAAUCAACUGUUCCCGAGCCAGUGGAGUCAGAGGCAUUCAGGCGUCCGAAACAGGAACUGUCAUGACAGUAAAACUGGCGCGUCCUGACCCGCAGGUCGUUGGAUGGGUUAUGGGGACUCGUCUACUGCUUCUGUGCCUGUUGUCACAUAUUGGCUUGGCUGUCAAUUACAAGAAAGGCGACCCAGUGGUUCUUUAUGUUAACAAAGUAGGUCCUUAUCACAAUCCCCAGGAAACGUAUCAUUACUAUACGCUACCUGUCUGCAGACCUAAAGAGGUGCAACAUAAAGCCUUAAGUCUUGGAGAGGUUUUAGAUGGGGACAGGAUGGCAGAGUCUUUGUACAACAUCCACUUCAUGGAAAACACAGAAAGGCAGACAUUAUGUGAGCUCACACUGUCUGAGAAAGAGGUGGAUCAGUUGAGAGAAGCUAUUGAGGAGCUGUAUUACUUUGAGUUUGUCCUGGAUGAUAUUCCUAUCUGGGGAUUUGUGGGAUACAUGGAGGAAAGUGGAUUCUUACCACACAGCCACAAGGUGGGGUUGUGGACCCACUUGGACUUCAACAUCGAGUAUAAUGGCGAAUCGGUGAUCUUUGCUAAUGUGUCGGUAAAGGAUGUGAAGCCAGUGCCUCUGGAAGAGGGUGGCGGAGGGCCAGGCCAGGGGCCAGGGGGCCUCUCAGUGACCCACACUUACAGCGUGCGCUGGUUUGAGAGUCCCUUGCCUCAUUCGCGCAGGGCCGAGCGCCUUCGAGACUACUCCUUCUUCCCUAAGACACUGGAGAUCCACUGGCUGUCAAUCAUCAACUCGCUGGUGCUGGUGGUGCUGCUACUGGGCUUCGUCAUCAUCAUCCUCAUGCGGGUGCUAAAGAACGACUUUGCCAGGUAUAAUGUAGAAGAAGACGGGGGCUGUGAUGACCUGGACCAGGGAGAUAAUGGCUGGAAGAUAAUUCACACUGACGUCUUUCGCUUUCCACCAUAUAGAAGUCUGCUGUGUGCGGUGUUGGGAGUGGGGGCACAGUUCCUCACUCUGGCCACAGGAAUCAUUGUCAUGGCAUUGCUGGGGAUGUUUAACGUGCAUCGCCAUGGUGCCAUAAACUCUGCAGCAAUUGUACUUUAUGCGUUGACCAGCUGUGUAUCAGGAUAUUGCUCAUGUAGCUUCUACACCCAAAUCCAUGGGCAGCGGUGGGUCUGGAACAUCAUCCUCACCUCCACCCUCUUUUCUGCUCCCCUGUUUAUGACAUGGAGUGUAGUAAACUCCGUCCACUGGUGGAGCGGUUCCACGCAGGCCCUCCCAGCAUCCACCGUGUUCCUGUUGCUCGGAGCCUGGGUGCUGGUCGGUUUUCCCCUCACUGUUAUCGGGGGAAUUGUGGGUAAGAACCGGGCAGGCAGCUUCCAGGCUCCAUGCCGCACGCGCAACAUUGCCCGCCAGAUCCCUCAGCAGCCAUGGUACAAACACACGGCUGUGCACAUGGCCAUCGGAGGAUUCCUACCUUUCAGUGCCAUCUCAGUGGAGCUGUACUACAUAUUUGCCACCGUGUGGGGUCGGGAGCACUACACUCUUUAUGGCAUCCUGCUCUGCGUCUUUGCCAUCCUGCUGUCAGUGGGCGCCUGCAUCUCCGUGGCCCUCACCUACUUCCUGUUGUCGGGCGAGGACUACCGCUGGUGGUGGCGGAGCAUUCUAAGCACGGGCUCCACAGGUCUUUUCAUCUUCGUCUACUCCCUCUUCUACUACCGCAAUCGCUCCAGUAUGAGCGGCCUGGUGCAGAGCGUGGAGUUCUUCGGAUACUCCUUACUCACUGCUUUCGUCUUCUCGCUCAUGUUGGGCACCGUCUCCUUCUGGGCCUCCUUAGCUUUCAUCCGUUACAUCUACCGCAGUCUGAAGAUGGAUUGAGUGGGUAAAUGGAGGAGUCCCCAUCCUGCCUGACCCCACCCCCCUGCCCCUACCACUCCCAACCCCUGCCCAAGGUGGAGAACACCAGUACCUUAAGGAAUCCUGCGUAUGCUGGUUUUGUGGCACUGGAAUAACUCCAUCCCUCAGAAAUUGCAGACGUCAAAAUGGAUGAGUCGUCAAAUAGAAUUAAGCAACUGGUUGUCUGAGCAUCAAAAUCCAAACCAUUUGUUUCAAAUAUUUGAGGUUUUCUCAAUAAGACCCUGCUGCCUAAAACUCUGAAGGUACAUCGUUUUGGUUUAUGCUCAGCGAAAACUACACAAAUGUGUUUGAUUCACUUUUGGUUAAGGCAGUUAAAUUGAAAACUGUUGCAUGUUCAGUUCUUGCACAAUCGCAACUACAGUUUACUGAAUUCUUAUUGGACUUACACUGUUACUAGUGGUAUUUGGAGUGUCCAGUGCAUUGUAUGUUAAAAGUGCUCACUAGGACUUUUUUUUUUUUUUUAAUGAAACUAAGGUUCUAUAUGAACUGUUACUUCCUAUGAGGUACAAAAGGCAGGAAAAAGUUUCAUAUGUAUAGCUGGUUGCAUAUGAAGGACUUGUAUUUAUACAUACAGGAGCGUUUGGAAUUUUGUCUUCUUUUAAAACUAUGGGGAGAAAGAGCAUGGUGUGCUUAAUGUGUGAGGGAAUAUAAUUUUUAUCUGGAAAAGGCAUUUAUAGCAUGAGCAAGGAGAAGUGUGUUAGUUAGGUAAAACCAUCAUCAGUCUAACUUGCAUGCUUUUGUAUAGCAGAUUGUCUGGUAUUGCCCCAGUAGUGAGCAGUCUCUUUGGGCAUCUGUUUCAACCUGUCUUACAGGUAAGCAUACUAGGGCAUGCAAGCCAAAGACAACUUUUUUACAAUAGGUUAUGCUAAAUUGCCUGUUCCAGCAGACCUGGGAAACAGCAGCUAUCUGCUUUGAAGUUUAAGAGGGCUUAAUUUAACAUGGAGAUUGAAAUGAAAUAUUUGCUUAAUACCCAGUAGUGACAUUUGUAGACAAAUGGUUCAGUAAUGGUUACAAAUCGAUGGAGUGGAACACCAUACAGGAUUAAGAUUGGGUUGUCAGCAGUGUAAUGUGGGCAUGGGAGCAAUAUGUACAAUAGUCACCAUGUACUGUGAUCUCACUUCAGAUGUACAUAUAUAAUCUUUUGAAUAAAAAGUCACACUUUCUUACAAAAA